ACGCGAAUAAUUCGAUUAUUCCAUAGCAAUAUCGUUAUCCUAUCCUACGCCCAGUGUUUAUAGUUCUUUGAUAGUAACUAAAUUAGGAGUUUACCGGUGUUGGCGCGCCAAAGAAUGAGUUCCGAAAUCUGUCUCGAGCUCGUGGAUAGCGUGAGGUAUUCGCGCGAAAUCGGUGCAAAUUCACCAACUAAUGAAGAUAAAAGUGGAAUUUUGGAGCGAAACUCGCUCGCUUGGUACGCUCGCGGUUCCGUGCUGGAAGUGUUCAACAUAGAUCCCAACCGGAAGGUCAUUUCACACAACUUCAACAGCACUGCGAGCAAAUCGAAACCAUGCACGAUCGAAUGCGUGGAGGAAGUGUGCCUAAACAGUCAAACGACGGUUUUGGCUGUGGCGCUGUGUCUCGGGUCGGAACAGUCACAGAUUGCGUUCCUGUCGCUUCGGCGAUGCCGCGAGCUGGGUCGUAUCGAUGUGCAGGAAGACAUCCGGACGCUACGGUGGCUCAACAACACCCGCGAAUCCGUCGGAUCGUUGUACCAGUUUAGUUGCUGUUUGGCGGCCGGUACGAAGGAUGGAAAAGUGCUGAUCGUGGAUGGAUGCAUCGGCAUAGUGGAGCACGAAACACCCGUCGGCACUACGAGCGUACUGAUCGAUCGUACCGGGGUUGUUAAAAGACAGUGUCACAUCGAACUGUUUCAGUGCGAUCUCGAGCAAAUUAUCGAUCGACUCGAGCAGGUGCGUGAUCGAGGGCUGUACGUUGGGUUGCAGCUACCCCAGGAAGUGUACGCAUCGGUUUCCUUUAUGCUGGACAUCACCCCAUUGAGAGCAUUUACCGUUGGGUUCGACGAUGGUUCCGUGCUGCUGUACGACCUGCCGACCCUUUCCCGUAUCCACCGUAUUGCGUCACCGUGUGAGGAUUGUUCGGUGGUGUCGAUGGAUUUCUGUGAACCCAGCGAUGAUCCGAAGCCAUGCCUGUACCUGUGGGUCCUCUAUGCGCAUCCCGAUGGUGCGUUUGCCGUGCUGUACUUGCUCAUGUGUCAGCAUAAGCAAGUUCUGGGCGGUCGAUCGACACCGAUCUACGAUGAACUGUUGUCCUGCUCGGAGCGACUUAGCCUAGCAAGCUACGAUCCCGGUAGCCGGCCACUGAACGUACAAACCGUACGGAAGAAGGUUGCCCACGAGGAUGAGCUCAUAACGCUGACUGUGUUGAGUUGGCUCGGUUCUAACAAUACAACGACGCUGAUGGUGUUCGACCUAAAUCAAUGGUACAAGGCCGAAAUGCCUUACGAUUGCGAUUGGAAGCAGGAGCUCACCUAUACGGUCGUGUUUCAGCUGGGCGAACCAAGCUUCCAUGUGCAACUGAUCGAGCGAUCGAUUGUUCUCUUUCGCUCCAUUCAGCGCCCGGAGGAACACUUCUAUCCAAGCUCAUUGGCCUUCGACAUCAUGAGCUUCCAUGGACUAACUCGCACCCGGCAUCGAUGGAUUGGGUUGCAGAAUAAGUUGUUGCAAUACCUCGACCAGGACGGUGCCAACAGUAUCAUCGAACCGGUGCCACUGUAUCAGAUGCUUUGCCGGGCAGCGCUUGUGCCAGAGUUCUACGAGCAACUACCGGCCGUCGAUGAUGAUGUACGCAAACUGCGAGAGUUCAUCCUUUCGAUUGGGCUCGAGUACAACUGCCACACGUUUCUGCAGAGCUGCAUGGAACUGUGGGCCGACGGGAGCCAUCUUGGGGCCAAUCCCGAGCGGGGCGUUUCACUGUCCACGUUGACCGAUUGGAUUCGGAAUCGUUCCCAGACACUGAAGAUGGUCACCAACGCGUUGCUGUUGCCGAUACUAAAGACCAAGGCGGACCGUCACAUUGACACCCAGUCCCGCGAGGUGCUCGCGCUUUGCACUCGCGAAGGGAAGCAACUGUCCAAACUGUACGAUACCAUAUUGAGCGAAUAUGUAUCGUUUAUACCGGAAGCUGUGAUCGAUCAGUUGCGCAAAGAAGCGCAGUUGCUUCGCGCGGUGGCCGAGUAUCAGGAUGUGCUGCAGUGGCUGCUGCACAUAAACGUGCUUCCCGAGGGUCGCUCAUCGUCGGAGGACGAAGGAGAGGCGGAUCGGUCUUACGACGAGUCGCUGCUAUUACCGUAUCCGUACGAGAUGCUGCAAGAGUAUUAUCGCUCGCAGCGCCACAUGGUCAGCAAGGAGGGCGACGAAAGUCCAACGGUGCUCGACCUCUCGUACAGCAAGUAUCUGUUCAUCGAUAAUCUGCUCGAGCGAGAUUUUGACCCGAAAACCAUUCGUAAGCUGUGGGCUGGAAGCAGCGGUAAAUCGCCAGUGGCUACCACCGCCCCUCUAUAUCCACCGAAAUCACUCUUCAAAGCGCUACGAGUUAUGCUUCUACCGGAGGUACCCCUAGAGCGGAAGCUUGUUCUUUUGAUGUACAUUUUCAUGGACAUUGUGGCCAUCCACGGAGAGGGACGGUACCGACACGUACUACAGCGGUUGGAAAAGUUCCCUCAAGUGUUCAAACUCCGGCUGGGGCUCGUGCGACGAGUUCAGGCCUUCUGGCAUCUCGAUCACGGCAACAUGGCGUGGACCGUCGAGGAGUUCCUGUCGCCACUCUCGUGUACGGUUGACUUUCCUCAGUGGCACCGGGAGUUGGCCGUUUCUGUUCUGCUCCAUCAGGACGCUUCUAAUCUUGCCUUGAAAGUACUCCGAGCUCCCGGUAGUCCCGUGUCGCCCUAUCUCGAGCUGCUGACACUGGUACGGAACAAUCUCAUCUCGGAGGCGUUCAGCGUGCAACGACGUAGCCACCAAACGGACGGCAGUCAAUUGAUUUGCUUCGUGGAAGCCAUCCUUAGCGCCGGCAAAGCGGAAACGUUGCUAGAAUUCUCGCUCACCGAGGAGGAGAAGCGUAUUUUACGCGAAUAUUUGCUCGAUUGUCCGCACGACAUCAGCGAAAGCUUAAUUUUCGGACAUUUGCUGCAAAACUUUGAGCUUGUCGAGGCGGUUCAGGUGAUGGAAGGUUUGAAGAACCGUAAACGGGGUCCAAUGGUGGCGGAAACGCAGCGCGAAAUCCUGUCACUGUAUCACAAGGUACUCGAUCCGACCAGCCAACGGUUGGCGUAUCUCACCUACACGGAACCGAAAGAGUUGGAACCGAAUCGGGCUAUCGCUAGUGAUCAGAGCAUCCUUGGCGAUCCGUCACCCAGUAGCGCAAAUGAGGCUGGAACGACAGCAAAGGUGCAUUCGCUGAGUUCGUCCUUGAUACGCAAUCGGGGUGAUUUCCGUGCUCGCGUCCUGCAUCGUUCGAUCGUGGCUAUCAAAGACGCGGCCGCUUCUGUGGGUCUGCAGCACGAGAGACCGUUUCUCGAGAAACCCGGCCUCGGCGUGUUCCAGUGUCGUCCGAUGGUUCGCAGCCAGAGCGUUUCGUAUCCCGUGCGGCUCGAUCCGUCGAUGAACAAACGGCGUCAGCGGGAUAUUUCGUUGGAAGAGUGUCCCAAGUCGCCUCUCUUCGACGAAGAGGACGGCCAAGGUAAUCCACGCAAGAGGCGCAACCUUGGGCCCGCAAGUGACGGUGGUCGGUAUCCGAACUUUGAUCUACCGGUACCCAAGAUACCGGAGUUCCGGCCAAUGAAACCAAGGUUCAAUUUUACGGCCAUGGCGGCUGCCGGAUCCGAGACUUCGGAUAGCGCAAAGAGACGGGAACGGACGUCGAUUAGCAAUUCGCCUAGCAUUUUCGCCACGACACCACCAACCUCAAAGAAGCAAUCACCUCCAGCAGGAGCUCCCACCAACCAAGGUCCGGCAACUUCUCAGAUGAGCUUACAGGAAGAGGUACCCCACGGUAUCCUGAAGCAGCAAAACCAAUCGGUCGAUAGUUCCGUAGCCGCUUCUGGACACGAUCACGAUAGCCAGGAGAAGGUAUUACGAUUCAACUUUUCAUCUUCGAACGGAACCAACGGAACACCCGGCGCUGCCGCUGAGCAAGUGGAUGAGAUGAAAUCGCCGGAAGCAGUCGCAACGACACCGGCACCCGUGGAACUGGAACGUCGAGAUCUGGAUCUGUCGGCCAUAUCGAACGAUGAUUUCUAUUCACCUGAGGUAACGAUCGCAAACAGCAGCCUACAGCAGAUAAUCCGUGCCGGUUGUCCUACUCGCCGUCGUCCGCUGCACUUAUCUCGCUCGGGCACACCGACCGCGGCCGAGGCUGGUGAGACAAGCCAGGGGAACAACAUUGCGAUCAUCAUCGAGGAUCAUCUCGAGGAAGGCGAGCAGGAAGAAGAGGAGAUGGAAAGAGAUGGUUCAAGCCAGGGUGAGGAUGCAGAUGAGCAAAUGGACGUGGACGAAGGCAUGAUGGAGUCGAAGAUGGAUGUGCCACAGGCACAGAAUCACGGUGUUCAAGAGGAACAAGCUAAUGAGCCAGCUGUAAACACUCAGCAGGAUCAGGCGGUUAAGGAGAUUGCAAUCCAGCAGGACUGUUCAGCAGAUAGAGCACGCGACGAGAGUAUGGACAUGAAUGAUUCGGAUGUUAGUACGGAGAACAUGGACAACAAGGAACAACAGCGAGCUGCUAAUGACGCUGAUGAAGUAAAUCGUGAUGAAGUAGCAGUGCCGGCCACUGUGAAAUCUGUCGAAGAGGAUGAUGAGCAAGAUCAGGGAGAGGAUGAUGAUGAGACAGUAGAUGAUGAAGAUGGCGACUACGACAAGGAUGAUGAUGAUGAUGAUGAUGAUGAUGAUGAAGAUGGCAACGACGACGAGGAUGAUGACGAUGAUGAUGGUGGUGGUGAUGAUGAUGCCUACGAUCACGUCGAUCGUUCUCCGUCGGAGGACAGUGUGCUUGAAGUGAUUGAUGUGAGCGAUGAAUUUUCGAACCAGCUCGAACAAGCGUCCGUAUUAUCUCAAGCAUCCUCGUCUCCAUCGGCAUCUUCUGGAGGUUCCUCACCUAGCGCCCCCGGUCCUCAGGAACGGCGCAACGAUGUACAAAGGGAACAACAAGAAGAAUCGAGGAAUGCGGCGGCAUCUCCAGCCGGUAGUGAUAGCUAUGGCGAGUUCUAUCACGAGUCCGAACAGCAACCCCUGUACGAUGAGCUGGAAGAGUAUGAACUGAUCGACAACGAUCAAUCUCAGCGCGCGCAGGAACCACAACAGCAGCUGCAGCAGCAGCAGCAACAGCAGGGAACACCGGCGACGGAGGAUGAUGGCAUUCAGGUUCCCACGACAUCCUCUUCCACACACCGGACCGAGCAAGAGCUACCGUCCGGAACGGAGAACCAUCCGGUGGACGGAGAAGAAUCAUCCGAGGUUAAAGAUCUAUCCGUGCAGCUACUGCAGGAUCCGUCCGACGUUGAGGUGGCACCUAGCUCCGCGGCCGCACGUAAUCUCUCUGUGGUGGCAGCUAGUGAAGAGUGCGACGAUGGUGUGGCCAGCACGAGUGACCUGGCGGCGACGACGACGACGGAAGCUCGCGUAAGUGCGUCGAUUGCCACAAACUCCUCCUCACCACCGAGUGCUACCUCACCGACGCAAGGCUUCGAGGAGAAGGACAAACCGUUAUUUGGCCAGCCCAAGAAUGCCCACGAAUUGGAGGUACCGGCCAUGAACCUGUGCGUCAAACCGGAUGAAGCGCAUGGAUCGAGCCGAAAGAAUAGUAAGGGUGAAGAGAAUGGGUUGCUGACGGUGGAAUCGAGAGCGUUGAACCUUUCGGCCGAUCAGCAGGAGCUGGCGGCCCAUCUCGAGAAUGUCACCGGUACUAAUGAAGGAACUGAUGGCGAGAGGAACGAGGCUAGUGGCGAUGAGAGUGAAGACUACGAGGCGCACUCCUCGAGUGAAUCAAAACUGCAAGAUCACAGUGAAGCGAAUGAAGAGGAGGCUACCACUGGCCCCACUGCUUCUGCUGCGCGCGAGAUAAGCAUGGAUGUGAUGGAAAAGGAAGACGAAGACAUGGAAGAUGAGCCAGCUAGUGAUUCUGGCAAUAAUCAGCCCGGGGAAGAUGUCCAGGCGACGUCGUCCACUGUUGCAGACCCGAACCAAGAGCAACCGAACGAAGCGACUGAAAAUCCCGAGGAGCCAAAAGAGGCAAACGCAAGUGCAGAGCAGUCGCUGCGAAGCACAAGAAGCGAAACAUCCACAGAGGAAGAUGGCACCAAGAAAACGAUCAAGCCAAGACUGCAAGCACUGGUGGAAGAACAGCAAGACCAGGAAAUGGCUUCCACCUCGAGUCCCCGGACGAACGUUAAAACGCGUCUAAUGGCGGCCAUGGAGAAGUCGGGCACUCCCAGCCUUCCAGAACCGACCACUCCAUCAAGGCGCCGCUCGGUACGAGCUUCCUCGGUGCUGCCAGAGUCAACCAACACUCCGUUGACGCCAGCCCUUUCCCGUAGCCGCCGGUAUGCUUCGAUGGACAACGUCACUGGCACACCGGAAACCCCAUUAACACCGCGCCGCUCCACACGUGCCACCUCGCUGGUCAAGGAGCUGUUCGGUGGAGUGACUCCCCAGAAAAAGUCACGCCGGCAAUCACAAGCCUCCUCGGUGGACGAAACGACGCUGGUCGAAACGAAAACAGUCGCAACGGCUUCGGCGACGGUGACCACGGAGCAGAAUCCUUCGCUACCCAGUACCAGUCCGACAGUCGGGGAUGAUCCCAUGAUGGAACCACCGGAACCGUCGGAACGAUCCUUCGCCAGCUCGACGGCCAGCAGCAUACGGCGCAGUACGCGUGGUCGCAAAUCGAAGGCCGCAUCCGAAGGGGGGGUACCGGAACCCCCUGGUCCCGGUAGCGUUCCUCCGUUUGAUGAUUAUUCUUCCAACCGGCGACUGACGCGCCACCAGCUGGCGGUCAUGGAGAGAUCGAUGGGCAUAACGGCAGCGGCCGCCACCACAAGCGGCACUGGUGGUCGCACACGUCGUGCCAGCUCUUCACGGGCGGAUGAAAGCAUGACCAGCCAGGACCACGACAGUGAACCGGAAUCUGUUGCUUCGAGCGUGAGUGGCACAUCGCUGCGAUCGACACGAUCACGAACGGCUCGCUCCAUGGUUUCGGCCUCGGGCCGGCAAAGCUCCAUCGAAACCAGAUCAAAUCGUGGCGGUAGUAAGGCCAGAACAACGGCAGCAGCGGCGACGGGAGGGUCCAUCACCGGAAGUGGCUCUCAUCGGCAUGCAAGCGAGCAAGAUUCGGAUUCGGAUAAUUCCACGUCUACUUAUGCCAGUAAUCAGCGAGGACUGGCACCGAUCGCAGAGGAAGAAAGUGAAGCACCGAUCGAAAAUGUAAAGAAGCGGAGAACAAGAAAGACGAAGGGAAGCAACUAAAGUGAACAUCGGGGAGGAGGAAUUUCAAACUGAAAGUGUCUAGUGAAAGGCUCGCGUUCUUUACAGGCAGAGAGAUACGCCGGCUUCACGCAGCAAUAGCCUUUCGUGUGGGCUCUUUAGCGGAACAUUAAUAUAAUUUUGCAGUCUUGUUUGUAUUGCCCAAUGUGAGGAUGGGUAGUUUUAACUACUAUGGUUGGAAUUCGAAAUAUGGGAGUAGCAUCAAUUAUAAAUAAUCAUUAUUAUAUUUUUUGUUUGUUAAAAUACGAAUAAAGUAACUGUCCUUGUACGUGUCUUA